GACCGGAUGGAAGAGACGAGCGGAACAAGCUUUUGUGCCAACAGGGGGCGCUCGCGGCUCAGUGGACGUUAACAGCACCGACGGAGAAGAAGAAUCCAGGAAGUCACCCAAGGCCGCCUGAAGAAAUCGGAGACAUGGAAGGCGACGUCGCCAAGGCGAACAGGAAGUGCUCGGCUGUGACAGGAAGCGCCCGCAAGCUGAAGGACAACGCGGCCGACUGGCACAACUUGAUGCUGCGCUGGGAGAAGCUCAACGACGAAGGCGUCGUCGUGGCGGGAAACAUCGUCAGCGCCGGGGGGGGCCGCAGCAGAGAGGAGGCAGAAGGAUCGUCCCGGGAUCUCGUGGUCCGGAAUUCGGGACUUCAAGAAGAAUGUGAAAAACUGAAGGAUAUCGUGGACAAAAUGGCGGCCAUCGUGGCCAAGAUGGAGCGUCUGAUGGCGUCCCAGCGAGGCCUGGUGGAUUUGGAGGAAUUUCGGUUCGGCCCCCGAGGCCGCAGCGUUCCGCUCUUCCACAGCUGGAACGCCCAAGACUUUGCGUCGUCCUGCGCCGUCCUGCUGCAGUCGUUCGCGUCGGAGCUGCGUCUCAAGCGGGUCCUGCUCCGGGAAGCGGCUCACGGCGCCGACCCGGACCUGAGCCUGGUGUACCUGUCGUGCUGGCUCCACCAGCCGCUGGUACCGGUCCGUGCCCGCCUGGCGCUGGAGGCGGUCCUGCUGGAGACGGGCCAGCGACACCUUCCUGUUUGACAAUGACUUUUAUUGGCAAAACGGGAUGGACGGCCGUUAUUGGAAAAAGUCAUAAAAAUAGUGCAGCUUC